AUGCAGCGAGCCGGCGGCGGGGGCGCCCCCGGGAGCGGCGGCGGGGGCGGCGGCGGCGGCGGCGGGGGCCCGGGCACCGCCUUCUCCAUCGACUCCCUGAUCGGGCCGCCGCCGCCGCGCUCCGGCCACUUGCUGUACACCGGCUACCCCAUGUUCAUGCCCUACCGGCCCCUCGUGCUGCCGCAGGCGCUGGCCCCCGCGCCGCUGCCCGCCGGCCUCCCGCCCCUCGCCCCGCUUGCCUCCUUCGCCGGCCGCCUGACCAACACCUUCUGCGCGGGCCUGGGCCAGGCCGUGCCCUCGAUGGUUGCGCUGACCACCGCGCUGCCCAGCUUCGCGGAGCCACCCGACGCCUUCUACGGGCCCCCGGAGCUCGCCGCCGCCGCCGCCGCCGCCACUGCCGCCCGAAACCACCCCGAGCCGGGCGGCCGACGCCCGGAGGGCGGGCUGGACGCCGACGAGCCGCUGCCCGCCCGCGAGAAAGUGGCAGAACCCCCAGCGCCCCCGCCUGCGCACUUCUCCGAGACUUUCCCAAGUCUGCCGGCAGAGGGGAAGGUGUACAGCUCCGAUGAGGAAAAGCUGGAGGCACCCGCAGGAGACCCGGCAGGCAGUGAGCAGGAGGAAGAGGGCUCGGGCGCGGACAGUGAGGAUGACGGCUUCCUGGACAGUUCUGCCGGGGGCCCCAGGGCCCUCCUGGGACCUAAACCGAAGCUGAAGGGUGGCCUGGGGACCGCAGCGGAGGAGGGGGCGCCCUCGACAGGAGUCCCGGCCCCCGGGGGCAAGAGCCGGAGGCGCCGCACGGCCUUCACCAGCGAGCAGCUGCUGGAGCUGGAGAAGGAGUUCCACUGCAAGAAGUACCUCUCGCUGACCGAGCGCUCGCAGAUCGCGCACGCCCUCAAGCUCAGCGAGGUGCAGGUCAAGAUCUGGUUUCAGAACCGGCGGGCCAAGUGGAAGCGCAUCAAAGCCGGGAACGUGAGCAGCCGCUCUGGGGAGCCUGUGAGAAACCCCAAGAUCGUGGUCCCCAUACCCGUGCACGUCAACAGGUUUGCAGUGAGGAGCCAGCACCAACAGAUGGAGCAGGGGGCCCGGCCCUGA